AUGAUCCCCAAGGAGGCGAACACGGGCGCGAGCGCGAAGGACCUCAUUGUCGCCGUGUCUGGUGCGGACGAUGCGCAGUGGGACAACAUGCGCGCGAAGGAGACAGAAAGGGUCUCGACGGUGCGCAGCGAGUUGCGCAAGUCCAUCCAUAAGGUCGCUACCCGCACCGUCAAGUCGUGGACGGACUUGAAUGACACGGUGUUCGAGCUGCCGAGGGCGAAAAGGGAACCAUGGGUAGAGGAGAGGAGGGAAGAGGUUAUCGGGAAGCUGAAUCAGGACUUCUACUUGGCUGCCGAGAGCCUUGGUAACAUGGUUAUGAGGAGAACAUUCUCCGCUUUGUUCGUCUCGUGCACGUUGCAGACGAGGAGCGCUGGGUCGACAUCUCGCCUCGCAACAUCACAGCUGAUUGGCUUCGCCGGGGCGGCCAAGGCGUCACCAGCAGCUCGACAAACCCCAUGA